AAAAAUCUAAACGUCACUCAGAGUGGGUCUUUAAAAUCACUCAAGCAAGAGAAAGAGAGACAACAACACUGUGCACACAAGCCGUGUGUCCUGUCUGCACGUACACUGCAGAAAUGAGCUCCAGUCAGGAAGAAGCGAGUUGUUGUGGAGGAGGACCGGGGUAUGCCACCCCACUGGACGCCAUGAACCAUGGCCCCCGGGAAAAGCUCGUGUACGUUCCCUGUAUAACACCAACAAGCAGGAAGACGGAAUGUGCCGACUACCUGGCCACCAUUGACGUUGAUCCUAACUCCCCAACCUACGCUAAGGUAAUUCAUCGUCUAUACAUGCCAAACAAAGGCGACGAAUUGCAUCACUCGGGAUGGAACGCCUGCUCCAGUUGUUUCGGGGAUCCCAGCAAAAGCAGGAACCGACUGAUCCUGCCGUGCAUCAAUGGUGACCGAGUUUAUGUUGUGGACGUCGGGACCAACGAGAGAGAACCGAGGUUGUUCACGAGUGUAGAGCCAUGGCAGCUUCACAAUAAGGCAAACCUCGGGGCCCCACACACCACGCACUGCCUGGGGUCGGGCGAGGUGCUGAUCAGUUGUAUGGGGGACGAAAACGAAGAAGGAAAAGGUGGUUUCGUGCUGUUGGAUGGACAGUCCUUUAUUGUGAAGGGUACCUGGGAGAGAAAGCCAUUGGAGUUUGGCUACGACUACUGGUAUCAGCCCUACCACAAUGUUCUGAUUAGUACCGAGUGGGGAGCGCCCAAAGCGUUCAGAAGCGGAUUCAACCCGCAGCACGUCGCUGAUGGUCUUUACGGCCACCAUCUGAACGUCAUGGACUGGACUACGCACGAACUGAUCAAAAGGAUCGACCUCGGUCCCGACGGUAAAUUACCCCUGGAGAUUCGCUUCCUCCACGACCCCACAGCCACCGAGGGCUACGUGGGGUGCGCCUUAAGUUCCACAGUCUUCCGAUUCUUUAGGGCCCCGAACGGACAGUGGGAGGCAGAGAAGGUCAUCAGCAUCCCUCCCAAGAAGGUAACGGGCUGGGCCAUGGAUACGAUGCCAGGUUUGAUCACGGAUAUUCUGAUAUCCCUGGACGAUAGAUAUCUAUACUUCAGCAACUGGCUGCACGGAGAUAUCCGUCAGUAUGACAUCACAGACAGGAGGAAUCCUAAACUCGUGGGACAGGUAUUUUUGGGAGGAAGCGUUUGCAAAGGCGGAAGCGUCAAGGUGACCAGUGAUCCGGAGCUGAAGAGUCAACCGGAUCCUGUGUAUGUGAAGGGACAGCGCCUGCGCGGAGGACCCCAGAUGAUUCAACUGAGUCUUGAUGGCAAGAGGUUGUACGUGACGACCUCGCUCUUUGCCAAGUGGGACGACCAGUUUUAUCCCGAGUUAGCCAAGGAAGGAUGCCAGAUGUACAUACUGGACGUCAACAACGUCACAGGGGGUCUGUCCCUGAACCCCAACUUCCUGGUGGACUUUGGCAAGGAGCCCCAGGGGCCCAUGUUGGCCCACGAGGUGAGGUACCCCGGUGGAGACUGUAGUUCUGACAUCUGGCUGGCCCAUACUGGCGUGAAGAACAAGAUGUAGAGUGACCACAAUUUAGGCUGAAGGCAACCAUCUUGUUUCUAGAGGCUUGAACAAUAUAUAUUUCAGCUUUAAAAGCUGCGCAAUAGGUAUCUAACCUUGAUUUGUUCAGACAUUUUAAUUUUGCAGAUUUAUGAUGUGCUUUAAUGAUUUUUUUUACACUUCAAUAUUUUUGUGUUACAUUGUAUAUACAUGUACAUGCUUUUAUGAUUGUUAGAUAUUUGAAAUUAUAUAAAAUGAUUAUACACCUAUAUAUGUUUAAAUAAAAUUCCUUGCUUUA